GCAGGCAGCCGCGACACCGGCGCGCCUGCCUACCUCCUGCCGGGCUUGGACGCUCGGACCUAGCGCUAUGGCCCUGCCGCUGCUGCCGGGCUACAGCUUCAACCGUAAUGCGGGAAAGGAGAAGUUCCAUAAAUCCCAGCAUUGGGGCUUUUGCAACAAUGUCAGGAUGCUGCUGAGUGAGGAGAAGCCUGGAAUAGGUGGAGAACCUCUUCUUGGGCAAAAGGUGAAGACUAAAUUCAGCACAUACCCGAAAGGAGAAGGAAGUGACGGACCCUCGUGGGUGGUUUUUGAUAGACAGGUAUUAUGCUUUGAUGCCUAUGUGGAAGAUGAAAUGAUCGAAAAACGCCAAGAAAUAUAUAGAAUAAGAUACUAUAAAAUCUACUUCUACCCAGAAGAUGACACGAUCGAAGUAAAUGAACCAGAAGUGGAAAACAGUGGGCUGCCUCAAGGGACUUCUAUUCGGCGUCAUCGGAUUGCUCUUCCCCCUCCUAAUGAUGAUCAGUUUUAUACUGUGUAUGAUUUCAAUAUUAACGUUGACAUCGUCUUCUAUGGCCGAACAUUCAAGAUUUAUGAUUGUGAUAAAUUUACCAAAAACUUUUUGAGAAAAAUAGGAGUCAAAUUAAAUCCCCCAGGACGGCGUCCAGAAGACCCCUAUUUGAAGAUGCGUAAAGAGGUAUUGGAGCAUGUGGAGCCCCUUCGUCCCUAUGAGUCCUUUGACACCCUGAGACAGUUCUUGCAGUACGAUGGGAAAGUUUUGCGUUUCUUCUGCCUGUGGGAUGACUCAGGCUCGUUGUUUGGGGAUCGUAGAGAACUUGUCCUGCAUUACUUCUUGUCUGAUGAUACCAUUGAAAUCAAACAAGCAUUGCCAGAUAACUCAGGCCGGGAUGCUCGGGAGGCUAAGUUGUUCUUCCUCCGGAGGAGUAAGCUACCUAAGUAUGGCCCACCUGGAAUCUAUCAACCAGGCCAGAUAACAGAUCAUUCAGUUCUCAAUGUGUUUGGUGGCACGUACAGGAGGCAGAAGUUUGGCUACGUGAUGGAUAAGUAUAAGCUGGGAAAAGUAGACCAAGAAUUCUACAAAGAUAGUGACCUGUUUUUAGGAGCCACCAUCAAUGUGUGGGGAAGGAAGGUGCUCCUCUGUGACUGUGAUGAAUUUACGAAGUCUUACUAUAAGAGUAAAUACGGAAUUGAGAACUUUACUCCCGUUUCAUGCAAGCCACCUCCUCCUCCAAAAAUAGAAAGGAAAUUUCCACCUUACACUGGCUUUGGGUCUGAGGAGGACUCUCUCCGUUCCUGCCUAUCCCUCAAGCCUGUGCCUUACGUGAAGAAGUUGCUGAAAGAAGACAGCUAUGGCAACAUAGGCAAUGUACUCCGUUUUUUUGCAAGACUAAUCACAGCCAAAUGUGCUGAUGCAGACAGGAUAUUCGUUAUUUCAUAUUUUCUCAAUGAUGGCACACUUUCAGUGUUUGAACCUAUAGAGAGGAAUUCAGGGUACACUGGUGGGUUGUUCUUGAAAAGAAGUCGUGUGAAGAAGUAUGGGCAAGAAGUCUUUAAAAGUGAGUUCUCAGAAUAUAUCCAGGUCGAGGAGCUGUAUAUUGGAGCCAAAGUGAACGUGAACGGCUACCUAUUUGUUUUGCUCAGUGCCGAUGAGUACACCUUAAACUACAUGGAGAAGAACGUGGACAAGUUCCCAUUUAGCAACAUUGAACUCGCCCUACAAAAGCUGAAAGAUGAAGAAUCAAAAUCAAGAGAAAUUAAGCAGGUAUUUGCAGCGGCUGACUGCAACCACACAAAGAUGGUGGAUUUUAAUACAUUCAGAGACCUGUUGUUGAAUAUAACCGUCAAUAAGCUCAUAGACCAGGAGAUCAUAACCAUUGCACGUUGCUACCGCGUACCUGAGGACAUAGAUACAGAUGUCAAUCUCUUAAUUGCACAGGCCCAAGAAAAGCUCAAGAAAAAUAUGUUUGAGCAAUUCGACAGAGUCAUUUUUAGCUGUGUCUAUGAAGAUCGAGAAAAAAAAAAUGUACUACCCAGUAGAGACAUCAAAAGGCUGUGCAAGACCCACAGGUUUCCUUUCACUGACGAUUUUCUAGAAAACUUACUGUCCAGGUUUGAAGACAGUGAAGGACAAAUAAAUUAUAAGUCACUUUUCCAUAUCCUCAACUGGAGAAUUAAUCCAAUGUCGGAACUGCAAGCCCCAGAUUACCUUAAAGAGAGAUGUGAAGAUGUUUGGUUCGGGAUGCCAUCACCCAUUCCUGUGAAAUUCGUUCGAUACUUAGACCUUUUGAAGGACAUGUAUGGCUUAGAGUAGGAGUGAUCAGAACAGUUUGGUCAACUUGCUUUGUUUCACUGCUCUAAUUUUGCCCAGUGUAUUUUAGUAGAUAUAAUUUCAUUAAAAACAAAAAGGAAGGUUGAUAUUGAAUGGAAAUCCAUAAACCACAAUUAAUUUUCUUUUGUCACUUUAGUUUUUCAGAACAUCGUAUUAUAUUACUGAUGUCCUGGCACUAUUAAAAAUGCCAUUUAAAAAAAUGUCAAA